AUGGCGCACAUCGAACCAGACUUCAACUCUGCCACCUUUGACGGAAUCAGAAACCGGAUCAUCGGAAACUCACAACUUACCCACGAAGAAGCAGCCAACGAACUGUCCAAUGGAUGGAAACAAGACCGAGACAUCCACGUCGCAGCAUGGACAGCGCAAUCCAAUGAAGAGACGCGUUUAGCAAACGAAGCAGCCCAAGCAGAGCAGGCGCGCGCAGAACAGGAGAAGCGAGCCUUAGAGCAGGAGGCCGAGAAGGAGCGCCGGGAGACAGAGAAAAAGAAGCCAAAGAUCAAUGACUUCAAGGCAGGCAUCUCUGUUGGUGACUCCCUUACUCACCGCCCCUCCCAGUACGCCAUACACAAGCUCAAGUCCUACGAAUACGUGGAGCUGUGGUACUUUAGCCCAGACGGUUGCAAAGAGGCAGCUGACGAGGCAAAGUCUUCAGCCGACAACACCUUCGGCUUCACGAAAGUCGACGACUUCAUAGCCCUAAAGCCGGUCGCAUCAUUCAGACCCUCCCGCAAAGUCAUCCAAGACCACAGCUUGGAGUGGCGACAAUUCGACAUGGCGAAAAACAGCUUCCUCCUCCAGAUCAACAGACUCGGAUGGCCCAAAAAGCACCAACGGGCUAUCACGAUGUUUUUCAUGAACAUUGUCUCCCACCCACAGUGUGCCGAACCGUUUGGCGAGCAAGCAUUACUGCUCUACGCUGCUCGUGUUAUUUUCAACUCAACUCUUUUGAAAAACCUGGCCGAAGAGGUGUGGAACAAAGUUCACCUUGACAGUCUCACUGAGGUUCAUCGUCCCGUCUCGUGA